ACUUCGAGUUUUCGGGUAGUUACUUUCUUAACAUCGGAAGAAUGAAACAGUUGUACUCACGAUGACUUUAUGAGUGAAUAUGUUUUAUCAUUUCUUCUUUUUAAAACUCGUUAUUAUUUGUUGUUUAUUCAAAAACAAAACUUGUUAAUAAAUAAUAUAGUUAAAACUUAGCAACAAGUAAAAGUUUAACAUUCCAUCAAUAUCACAACUCUUGCGCAUAAACACAAAUCAAAAGUUUGAUCGAUAUUUCUUAUUUUGAUUUUGAAACAACAAAAUAAAUUUAUUUUUAUAAUUUGUUUUACAAAAAUAACAAUUUUAUCUUUAUUUUAUAAUAAUUAAUUACAAAAAUUAAAUAUGCAAGAACUCAAAAAUACAAGUAUUCAUCAUACGGCCCUUAAAUUAACCUCUGACAUUCAAGCUAUGAAAAUCUAUGCAUCUUUGUAUAAAACUGUUCAGAAACUCGUUUGUCAACCGGACGUUAAUAAGAAUGAUUUAAGAAAUACUCUUGAAGCAACCAUUAAGUCGACAGGACUUGAGACUGAAAUUCGAAAUAUUAUUUUUGACCUGGUUAAGUGUUCAUUGAAUAAAGAAGUCAAAACAACUCCUCCUGGAGUGAAUGAUCCCUUGGGUUAUCUUAAAAGAUCUGCUGUCCAGUGGGAUAGAAGAGUUAGAAAAUCACUGAAUUCAAUGUGCAAUGAACUUAAAAUGCCUCUGCAAGGCCAACCAAGAUGCUUGACAGACCGCGAAGAAUUCCUUUUAAAAUGGGAAGAACUAAGCAAUUACACAACCGAUUUGGCUAUUUUUCGACCAGUCUAUGCUCCAAAAGAUCUUUUGGAUGUUCUUUUGUCACUCAAAGGUCCCAGUCGAUCACUGGACAACAACGACCAAAUUCCAAAAUGGGAGUUUUCACACAUUUCUUUACCAGUUAAAAAUUUAUUUGAUUUGCGAUCUCACUUCGCUGAAUUAUUGCGCCAGGAUAUAUCCUACGACAUCAACAUUCAAUGCCAGAAGAUCUUAGACUACAAACACGCGCCAUUAUGCCAACAAAUUCUCAAAAAAGGCAACACGCCAGCUCCCUAUCGUGGAUCAUUAUGGGCUUAUAUUCUUGGGAGUCAUAUAAAUGUCCAUAAUAUGGCACAUUGGAAUAAAUUAAAGAGCAAAGUUCUAACAACCGAUCAUAUUGUUGAUAAACUUAUUUUCAAAGAUAUUCAACUGACAGCUUCAAAUGAUGAUCAAUAUUUUGUUUUCGAAGAUGUUCUUUAUCAAGCAAUGCUGUGUUUCUCAAGAGAUUGGGAAAUAUCAGAGAAAAUUCAAUUUGAAACAUUUCCCCUGAAAGGCAAACAAUACGAUGGUCCACCAUCGGGGGUUGUACCAUUCCAUGGGAUUUGUAUGUUUGCUGCUCCUUUUUGCUAUCUCUAUGAUUCACCGAUGAAAUUGUAUUUCACAUUUCGAGCAUUCUACAUAAGGUAUUGCCAUAGGCUGACAACCAUCAAUACUCACCCACAGGGUAUUGUAAGCCUCUGUUUGUUGUUUGAAAAAUUACUUCAAACCCAUGAGCCACAAUUAUGGUCUCAUUUUCGAGAGUUACAAAUUCAACCAAUUCGAAUUGUUUUUAAAUGGCUUAUGAGAGCAUUUAGUGGUCAUCUUCCUCCAGAUCAAUUACUUGUUCUUUGGGAUUUGAUGCUUGGUUUUGAUAGCUUGGAAUUACUUUCACUCUUUGCAAUUAUCAUCUUGAGUUUUCGCAAAGAAAGUAUUAUGCAAGUUUCAUCUUUAGAUAAUAUUGAAGCAAUUCUUUCGGAUCUUUCGUCGAUUAAAGUUUUGCCUCUAAUUCAAUUAGCUUUAAGUCGAGAUUGAGACAAACAAAAACGAUAGCAAACAAAAAUGUGAAAUUUAGUAAUUUGUAAGAUAAAUUUAUAGCAAAAUAUUAGAAAUAUAAAAAAAGACAAGAAAAUUAAAAUAAUACAACAAAUCUAGUCAAAUAUACAAAGGAAAUAA